UGACCGAAACCCCGGCCCCAGGGAUGUGGCACCUCGGACCCAGGCCGGGGUAGGGACUGCCAGGAGGGUGCUGGACUAGGCGCGGGACAUUCAGGAGGCCCACUGUCUGCGGGCUGCCUCCCCUCACCCCCCGCGAGCGCGACUCCACGAUCCAGAGGCAGCCAACAUAACCACCCUAGCUCAGCAUCGGCCUGGGUGGAGGCGACCAGAAACAGUUCCCUGGCCCCCGGCGUUGGGGGCGGGUGAAGGGUGGGGACGGUAGAGGGGGGCAAGGUCGGGGAGCAUUGGUUGGUUUCUGGGGGGAGAGCGCGCCAGGGAGGCGGGAGGCUGAAGAGCAGGCCUCAAAGGUCCCAGCGCGGAUGCCGCAGCCCAUUGUGCUUCCUGCACCUCACGCUCUGUUGCAGAGGAGCCCCGGCCGGGAAGUCCCGACGCGUCUCUCCCAAGGCCGGGCCGCCUCGUCCGCUCUAGUCCAGCGGAGCCGAAGCGUCUCGGACCAAUCCCCGGUGAUUAUGCAAGACGGCGGACCAAUCAGCUCCGCCAUCUCAUGAAUAUUUAUGACCUUGGCUGAGUCAAAGCUUUGAACCGAGUUUGGGGAGCUCGGAGCAUCAUGCUUAGACUUUUCAAAGAGACAAACUCCAUUUUCUUAUGAAUGGAAAGUGAAAACCCCUGUUCCGCUUAAAUUGGUUUCCUUCCUGUCCUGAGAAACAUAGAGACCCCCAAAAGGAAGGCAGAGGAGAGAAAGACCCACACCCAGACCCCGCGAGAAGAGAUGACCAUGACCACCAUGCCAGAAAGUCUCAACAGCCCCGUGUCGGGCAAGGCGGUGUUUAUGGAGUUUGGGCCGCCCAACCAGCAAAUGUCUCCUUCUCCCAUGUCCCACGGGCACUACUCCAUGCACUGUUUACACUCGGCGGGCCACACGCAGCCCGACGGUGCCUACAGCUCGGCCUCGUCCUUCUCCCGACCACUGGGCUACCCCUACGUCAACUCGGUCAGCAGCCACGCGUCCAGCCCCUACAUCAGUUCGGUGCAGUCCUACCCCGGCAGCGCCAGCCUCGCCCAGAGCCGCCUGGAGGACCCAGGGGCGGAUUCCGAGAAGAGCACCGUGGUGGAAGGCGGUGAAGUGCGCUUCAAUGGCAAAGGGAAAAAGAUUCGCAAACCCAGGACAAUUUAUUCCAGUUUGCAGUUGCAGGCUUUGAACCGAAGAUUCCAGCAAACUCAGUACUUGGCUCUGCCCGAGAGGGCGGAGCUCGCGGCCUCCUUGGGACUCACGCAGACUCAGGUCAAGAUCUGGUUCCAGAACAAGCGCUCCAAGUUCAAGAAGCUGAUGAAGCAGGGUGGAGCGGCUCUGGAGGGCAGCGCGCUGGCCAAUGGCAGGGCCCUGUCUGCCGGCUCCCCACCUGUGCCGCCUGGCUGGAACCCUAACUCUUCAACCGGGAAAGGCUCAGGCAGCAGUGCGGGCUCCUACAUCCCCAGCUACACGUCGUGGUAUCCUUCAGCGCACCAAGAAACCAUGCAGCAGCCCCAACUCAUGUGAAGCUGCCCGCUUGCACCUGCCUGCCUCCUUCCCAUCUCCCUCCAUCCGGGCCCCUCCUGUCUCCAGGUCCAGACACCCGACUGCAUGCCCUGGGCCCGGUGGGAAAGGGCCCAGAAGGAAGGAAGGGACAGCGAAAGGGCAGGUCGCCCGCCUCCUCGGAACCCCUCGAGUUCCGACCCAGCGACUCCCCAGAGCUCAUGCUCUUGCCCGAACCCUGGCCUGGGCCACGCGGUGACAGCAGAGGGACUUGAGGUACAGGCAUUGUCACCCAAGACAGCUGGAGCAGCAAGACUAACCGGCUCACCAGACCUGCCCCCCACCCCCCAGCUUUGUGGGACUAUCAGGAAAACGGAACAAUGUAGAAAAAGCAAAAGCUCUUUUCUGUCCUGUCUCGUCUCCUUUCGUGCUAAGUCAAGGUCUUCGUCUGUCUGCUGUUCUCAUACUGAGGCCUCUGCGAAAAGUCACCAGGUCUGAGCCACAAGCGGUCCAUGGGGCCGCCCAUCUCCCAAUCCUGGACAUUUUAUCCUUUCAGGCCUCCUGGACCCUGCCUCACCAUCUGUGUAGUUUGUUUGGGAACUGGGGAAGUUGGAGGGAGGGGGUUUUAUUUAUUGAAAAAUGGACUUUGGCGGAGGCUGAGUGUUGGUUCUGUGGUGUGCAGACAGCUCACCAUCCAAACACACUGCUUACCUUAAAGGCACCCGGAAUGAACGAACGAACAAGGAGGACACGAUGGUUUUUAACUCACACAGUAACUUUUGUACUUCACUAGUAUGGAGUUGUUGAAGCCGAAUGAUUCGCAUUUUUUACAUGUUCCGUAUUAUAAAAAAAAUAAUAAGAGAAAGAGAUAGUGAAGCCAGCAUGGUUCUGUCAUCUUGAGAGGAACACUUGGUUGCUUUGCCUGGACAAGAAGGAAGAAAAUUCUAGUUUGGGAAAAAAGAGAGGAUCCAUGGGCAACAGAGGAAAAACAGGCAGGGCCCUAAGUCUAGUGGGCUUUAAAGUAAGACAAAAGCAGCUUUACAACAAUCCUGGAGAUUCUACCACAGAAAAAUACCAGUCCACCCCUAACACACAGUCUCCAUUGCAGGAGCUAUUGGCUGUAUAUAUAAUUAUUAUUGUUAUUAUUAUUGUUCUGUAAACAUGUUGCACAAGCUUAGCCUUUUUCCGUUCUGUUGUGUGUGGCAGUAAAACCCGAUGCUUUGUGAAAUAAGAAUCUUGACAUUUUACUUGUGAGAUUUGGAAAAUGUGACCAAUUGAAAUCAACCGUGUUUUGUGUUCUCUAUGUCAAAGUUUAGUUUUAUAUUGAGAAUGUUAACUUAUUGCUUUGUAUCUUGGAGAAAAAAGAACUUUGUAAAUAAGUUAUAAAGUUUCUUUGAGACA